UAUGGUCAAGGGUCCCGGAGGUUGUCCCUGGCCGGGGGCCAGGCCAGCCUACCGCACUCGGACGGAGCCUGGCGCCAAGCCUCAGCUUCCUUUGGUCUUCCUCCGCCCCGCAGGGCGAGGACAGUGCGGGCCACAGCCUGACUCCUGGUCACCGGCAUCGAGCCUCUGCGCCUGCGCAGCUCUCCCUUUUUGGGUAAUCGUGGGGAGCAAGAGGAGGGUGACCGUUUGUCUGAAUAGUGGGGCAAGGCAACAGGUGCCCUGUGUCUGCGCGGUGAGGCUGAUGAGGUGCAGCAGCCAUCGAAGGGGGGAGGCCCUCGCUGGUGCACCACUGGAUAACGCCCCGAAGGAGUACCCCCCUAAGAUCCAGCAGCUGGUCCAGGACAUUGCCAGCCUCACGCUCCUAGAGAUCUCAGACCUCAACGAGCUCCUGAAGAAAACGCUGAAGAUCCAGGAUAUCGGACUCAUGCAGGCGGGAGGUGUGAUGCCCAGUGCUGCCUCUGCUGCAGCGGCCCCGGAGGUGGCAGAAGAAGACAUCCCCAAACAGAAAGAACGGUCACAUUUCACCAUCCGCCUGACAGAGGCAAAGCCUGUGGACAAGGUGAAGCUGAUCAAGGAAAUCAAGAACUACGUCCAGGGCAUAAACCUCGUCCAGGCCAAGAAGCUGGUGGAAUCCCUGCCCCAGGAGAUCAGAGCCAACGUGGCCAAGGCCGAGGCCGAGAAGAUCAAGGCAGCCCUGGAGGCGGUGGGCGGCACUGUGGUUCUGGAGUAGGCGUCUCAAAGGACUUGUGGACGGGUCCCUGGGACCUGAUGGGCCCCGGCCACUCCGCCCCAUGGCCGGCCCAGCUUCCUGAGCAGCCUCCGGCCGGAGCAGCUCAGCACCACAUGGCUAACGCCAUCCUGGGAGAUGGGUGGACCUCUGGAGACGUGAAGGGAGGGGCAGCUGCUGCCCCAGAGAGCCCCAGGGAAGGUGCCCUAGAGAUGGACUCGGAAUGCACCACGAGUUAACACGCACGCCCCUUGGAUGCUACAGAGAAAAAUACAUGGUUUAGGCGCGGUG